AUGGAGCAGGUCCGUCUUGAUUGUAGAAGAUUGGCAGAAAAGACUCCGACGGUGGCGUCACGUGUCGGCGCCUCUCCUCAGGCUCAUCCUCGAUGCGCCAAUUCCGACCGGCCGUGGGCUUGUCGGAGGCGUUUUCGCCGCGUCACUUUAGGCCCCGUUCGUCACUGGCAGGCGCAGCUCAGCUUUGCAGCCAAUUUCACGCAAGUUGUGGCCGCCGCGAGGUGA